GAGCUGUGCCCAUCCCUCUCACUAAGGGCUGAUCCAGUGGGAAGAGCUUUGGGAUUUGCAUCCUGAUGUGGCUGAGUGCCAUCAGCCUGAACCCUCUGCUGUCGCGCAGACCUGAAGUUGGGUUGGGAGCCAAACCCUCGGCUGGCAGAGCCGCCUGGCACCGACGGAGCUGGCAGGCGGAGCGCAAGGUAGGGAAGAUGGCCCGCUCUCUGUACGAGUGGCUGUGGCAGCAGGAGUUCUGGCUGCCCCCAGGGAUCACCUGGGACGACAUGCAAGAGUCUGAAGACAUCAAGUACCCUAAGCCUCGCCACCUCCUGCUCAGCAUCCCUUUUGCUUUCAUCUUGAUUGUCAUUCGAUGUGCCUUUGAAAGAGCCAUAGCCCUGCCCCUGAGUAGCAAACUGGGUGUGAGAGACAAGCAGAGACCAAGAGCUCAGCCCAACCCUGUGCUGGAAGCGUUCUACAGUACGUGCUGCAAGAAGCCUGCAGAGAGUGACCUGAUCAGUUUAGCCAAACAGUGCGGCCUGCCGGUGAGGAAGGUGGAGAGGUGGUUCCGGCACCGGAGGAACACUGACCGACCCAACUUGUCGAAGAAGUUUUGCGAGGCCUGCUGGAGGUUUACAUUUUACAUCAUUGCUUUCUUCACUGGACUUGCUGUCCUGUACGAUAAGCCUUGGCUUUGGGACCACAGAGAGUGCUGGACAGGAUACCCACAGCAGCCGCUCCUGCCAUCCGUGUUCUGGUACUACCUGCUGGAGCUCUCCUUCUACUGCUCGCUGGUCUUCACCCUGCCCUUUGAUGUGAAGAGGAAGGACUUCAAGGAGCAGAUAAUCCAUCAUGCUGCAACUAUCUUCCUGAUCAGCUUCUCAUAUUGUGCCAAUUACAUCCGCAUUGGGACACUGGUGUUAGUAAUUCAUGAUGCUUCUGAUUGCUUCCUAGAGCCAACUAAGAUAUUCAAUUACAUGAAGUGGAAAAAAACUUGCGACAGCCUCUUUGUGAUCUUCUCAGCUGUUUUCCUCAUCAGCCGCCUGGUCAUUUACCCCUACACAGUGCUCUAUAACACCUACUAUUACUCCAUGGAGAUAUUCCAGCCCUUCUUUGGAUACUACUUCGUGAAUGUUCUCCUGAUAACUCUGCAGCUGCUCCACGUCUUCUGGUCCUGCCUAAUUAUUCGCAUGCUCUACAAGUUUGUCCUCCAGGGCACGAUGGACAAGGACAUGAGAAGUGACACAGAAGAAAGUGAUAAGGAUGAAGAAAGAGAAAAGAUAAGGGAAAAGGAGAAAAACGGGAUCACAUAUUUCAGCAACGUCACAAGCAACGAUUGUAUCCAGAGGAACGGGUCUGAGCCCCUGAAGAACAGAACUCAUCUCACCAAUGGCCACGUCAAGGAAAGAUAGCUGCUGACGUGCGUCGGAUCUGGUCUGGAACGAGUCCAGGCCACCGUCUUUAGAAACAGUUUUGUUUGUUGUGUAGAUAAAACGGAGUGCAGUUACAGUAUCCUAGCAGAAUUCCUGCUUCCUCUAAACCGAAUUGUUUAUGGUCAGUGAUGCUUGAAGGGAGAUUUUGGUCUUUCUUCAAUAAAAGCUUACUGUAGGUUGUAGCCUUGAAGCAGAUAGAAAGGGAUCAAAGUUGUUUCACUUGUAUUAGGUUGUGCCAUAGUCGAUAAAUGCGUUAAUCUUGAAAAGUACUUUUUUUUUUAAAAGAAAAAAGGUGGAUAAACCCUAGCAAUGUCAAAUCUCACCCACCUGAUGUUGUUUGUAGGAAUCUGGUCAGUCUCGGUCAGCCUCUGGGGGCCCUGGCCUGUUGUCAGUAACAAUGCCACUAAGGAGGAGGUGUGAAACUCAAUACGGGGACAGGUCUUUUGAGAAGACAGGUGCCCUUGGGCCACUCAGGAAAUCAAAACUGAGCGUAGCGGAAUGAAAGCUUUGAAAAGACAUAGGAAAAACUUUCUUCUCAAAGGAGAUGCUGCUGUGUGCCAUGUAAGCGGUUCUGUAAGGGAAUGGAUCUCAGGCCCUUCUCUUGUCAGUGUUAUUGCCACAGAGGUGGGAGCUCCAAAGCCCAAACUGCAGAACACCCACCCAAAUUGUAGAUGGAAGACCUGGAAAAUCCAAGCAGUUGUGUCUCAGCUGUCAGGUCAUCCUUUAAACCUGACUUGGAAGGAAACACAGUCGGAAGAAGGGAGGUGCCAAAACACUACAUAAUCUAGAAGCCAACACUGAGUGAGUGCUCAUGUUUCCACCCAAUGUGAUUGGCACAAUGUGAAAUGUUUACAGGGUCAGCUUGUGGCAAGAAGCAACACAUAUCCCCUGUUCUCAGAGGAGAAGGAAUCCAGAGAAGAUCUGCUGAACCUUAUGGAAUAAUGCUUUAACGUGGCCUUUAACUCCAGGGCCGUUGCCCAGGUGUGUCAAGGAGAGCAAGUUUAAAGCAGUAGUCCAUGAGGUGAUGACGCAGUUGGGAUUCAAUUGGUUUGGUGUCCUGUCUCUUAUAUCCGGUGUAGUCUUAGACUUUGGUUUCUGUAAUCCCUUGAAAGAGUUAAAUGAAUAUGAUGUGAAUUUCUCUUUUAUAAAUCGAUUAAUCCAUGAAACCAAAGGUUUAGCAGAUUCACUGUAGUGAGCACAGAGACUCAGGCUGUUGAGGCCGUGCAGGCACUUCCCAGUAUGUGCCCAGUAAGGGCCAGUGCUAACUGGGGGACAUGGACCAAGGAAGUGCCUGAUUUGAGGACGUGGUGCACAUGUUUAAAAUUAAAAGGCAAGUGACAGCAUAGAAGGACAAGAGAGGGGUUGAGCAAUGCACUCAGUUCAUCUGAGCUUUGAUCUCAGCUUAUAUGUGCUCAGCUUGGCUUUCAGUCCAGAUACUUUGGAUACUUUCAGAGGGGAAAAAGUGGUUCCAGCGUGGGUGAUUCCAGGGCAGUAACUCACUCUGGGAGGAGAACAUCUGUUCCUGCAUCGUCAUUUAAAUUCAUAUUUGCUGAAGAUACUUUGUCUCUGAAACCCUGAGCUAACAUGAAGUUCGAAGUCCACGUUCUGCAUCCUGUCAUGUUUCUUUAACCUGAGCCUACAACCUUGCCGCUCCUCUGCAGGUGACGUGCUCAGGAGGGGCGGUCGUACAUCGUUUUGUACUACUGAAUGGAAACGUCCUUUAUAAAUUACUUUG